ACUUUGCAUAUAAAUAUAAGAUUAUUAGAGGCUUCUAUUCCACCAACUCAUCAUUUCUCAACAAUUUUUCAAUUGAAGAAUGGAGAUAACAUGUGCACUUGUCUUUGAAGUUUUACUAGCAAUCUUGCUUCCUCCUCUUGGUGUUUGUGUUCGCAAAGGGUGUUGCACUGUGGAGGUCUUGAUUUGUGUGGUGUUGACCAUCUUGGGAUAUAUUCCUGGAAUUAUCUAUGCUCUUUAUGCAAUCCUGUGGGUUGAGCGUGAACCACCAUCCGAUCAAUAUGAGAGUCUUGCACCUUGAUCCUUCUUGUACUCUACUUCUUUGCUUAUAAUAAUGGUUGGUACCUAUUGUAUUGUUACUUUAGAUACCGUGUUUGUUUUGAUGGUUACCCAGAUGUUAUUGUAUUGUAUUGUUAAAUUUGUUAUUAUGCAAGAGUGAAAGGUAUUUCAUUUAUUUAAAGACAGUUUUGGUGUAA